AUGCGCGAGGACCGCCGCACCAAGCUCGACGACCAGGCCACGCUCUGUUACUACCUGAACGGCGGCGACAACCACCCGAGCGGCACCGUCAAGGUCCUCAAGGCGUCCACCGGCCGCGUCGUCUACACCAACAACGUGUCGUGGGUGACGUCGGCGCCAGCCGGCGAGGGGAGUUCCGCUGGUAUCCCCGCUGCGCCGACGCAUCCCCCGUUCACGCCGGUCGUCUCGAUCAACUUCGGCCCAGCCCCGACGCCUUCGACCGCCGCACAGCCGCCGCCAGCGCCCAGGCCCACGCCGUCGCCCGCACCCGCUCCUGGCCAGCCGCCCUCUGCCGCUUCGCCGUCAUCGUCGGCGACCCCCGCUCCUGGCCAGACUCCUUCUGCCGCAUCGCCGUCACCGUCGGCGACUCCAUCUCCAGUUCAGCUACCGCCGCCGCCGCCGCCGCCGCCGGGCCCCGCGUUGCCCCCGCUCUCGGCCCACGCCAUGCGGCAGCUUCGCCCGGGCAAGAAGGCCGAGGGUAUGAAGGACCCGCGACUGCCAGGCCGCACGAAAUCGGGCACGAGGCACAGCACAGGGCUCAUCUCGAUGCUGGACAAGAACACUCUGGUUUCAAUGCUGGAGACCCAGAGCGCGGUGCAUGAGGAGCGCAGGGAGCCGGGGGGAGCGGGGACCGGAGAGCCGGGGGGAGCGGAGACCGGAGAGCAGGGGGGAGCGCUCGAAGCCGUGGACCUGGGGGCUGGAGGAGCGGGCUUACCACUUGCAUGUGCCACGCUCCUCGCCAAACGGGAAGACAUCGAUGCCAUACUGCGCGACCAGCGCCCGCCGGAGCAACGCUCUGAUCUCCCGCACUGCCAGGCGACCGACCUUCGCAUCUCCAAGAGCUACAACGAGGUGUUGGCAGCGUUGGCGUGCGAGUUGAACCUCGACUUGUGUCAUUUCGAUAUUGAGCCAGCUUUUGUGCGUUCGGAGUUGGAAGAAGACGUAUACAUACGAUUGCCGCAGGGAUGUGGAGCUCUAUCUGGAAUGAUUGUUACACUAGGCAAGAGUCUGUAUGGCUUGAGACAGGCAUCUAGGCAGUGGCAUGCAAUGCUGAAGAGGUGUUUGGUUGCGUUGGGAUUUGAGCAGUGCAUGGCCGAUGCUUGUGUGUUUCGAUUGAUUGAAGGGGGGUGUGUGGUUUUGAUUUUGGUAGUGCACUGGGAUGCAGCGGUGGGUAGAAGGAUUCAGCUUGCAGAGGUUUGGCGAUUUAUGGUGCCGAAGGUCAGCAAGCCGUGCAUCCCAGUCUUUGAGGACAUCCAGGGGGCGAUUCAACUAGCGCAGAACUCCAUCUCGAACUCGAACUCGAAGCACAUUGAUGUAAGGCACCAUUUUCUCAGGGAAUUGGUAGAGAGGAAGGAGAUUUCGGUGAUCAACGUGCCGCCUCCGCACCAGCGUGCAGACGUUCUCACGAAGAGGUUGCCCAAGGAUGCGUUCGCGCCUCACCGUGAUUUUGUGAUGAAUUCGGCAUGAGUUUUUUUAUUUUUUUGAUGAGUUUGGUUUGGCAUUCGAUUUGAUUGUUUUGCUUUCCGCGCUAAGUUCAUAUCACGCGCGAUGCAGCAGUAUUCAUGUUUCUUGGACGUGGUUUUCGUUUCUUAUAUUUUGGAAGUAAUCUUGAUGGCAUAUAUUCAGGAAAAGACGUCUUUUGGUUGAGAUAUCCGGUAUUAUUUCGAAAUUUGCAGUGAAGAUACUGUUGCGAGCAGGGGGGAUGUUUGAUAUACUCGCAGCAGUCUCUAGACGUGAGGAUCCUGGGGGAUACGUGUUGGGAAUUUCGUAUGUUGAUGGGUACCACCGGUGCAGAUACAAGGACCCUUUUGGCCUUGGUUGCGGUGUUGAAGGCUCGCGCAUGUAGCGCACUGCUUUCGCUCUCUCCACCGCUACCGCCGUCUCUCUCCAAUCAAGUUUCCUUCUGCAACGCUUUCUCCAACGCCAACGCCAUAUCUGUCUCUACCUCUCUCUCUCGGCCUAACACGGCCGACUACCCACUGCCCCAAGAGACGCCAAACACGGGCUUGCUGCACCCCGCGUAGUUUAUCUUUCAGAGGGAGAAAGCGAGGAACCGACUGGGAUGGACAGCAACGAGAGCGUGUACGAAGCGGAGCGGGUCGAGUUUGAUCGUGCUACGACUGGCCACAGCGGCACCGGAGCAGCGGCACCGGAGCAGCGGAACCGGAGCAGGCGGACGGCAUCAAACCGUGGCGCACGGACAAACAUCUCUUGUGUUGUCAAAUAUUUUCCCUUUUUUUUCCUGAAUACAGGUGUUGGGUGUGUGUGAACACGUCUGACGUCACUGGUUUUGUAGAGAGACGCGGCAGAGAUGGUGCGGAUAACCCGGGUGCUUUAAUUGUGUACCUGCAUCGUGGAAGACCCCUUCAAUGUGGAACGAUUCCUUAUCAGUGUCGAUAUUAACUCUGCUGUGCCUAACACACAUGAUCUGGAUAGAUUCGGGUGAUUGUCAAUUGCAACGAUGGCUUUGGUUGGGUGUUCUUCUUCGUUGUAUGUCCACGGACUCAUUCUGACAGCACUUCAGACAGCAGGUGCAUGCCCCGAGCUUGUGUACCAUGCACCCAUGGUGGUAUUAUUGCACACAGCACUUCAGACAGCAGUACGCUGUAGUAGUCGACAAACAUUCAUUUGGUAAAAUGCGGGACAAGGGGGGUGAUGCUGCUGCUGUAGUCGAUUUGUAGUGUGUGGGCGUUUAGUUGAGUUGUGAGCAUGCAAACGUGCUGCAGGGAUUGCAGGUGUACCUCCUCAGGCUUGCGAACCAUAUUCUUGCUAAUAAUGUGUGUGUUCUUUAGAUCUUCUGAUGGCUCCAGAAUAUUUGUGACCACGGACCGAGUCUUUGCUAGAAUUUGGGAUUAGCAACUGA